AUGUCUGACACCAUUUAUAUCCCACCACCCAACAUUUACUUCCGCUUGGCCAACUACCUCAGCCUGCACGUCCUUUACUCACGCACGGACGCGCAGCCUGAGGUGGGCCACACUCCUCUUGGUGAUAAGCCGAUCGCAAAUCAGUACUUCUCCCUCGUACCGGGCACUGGUUCGCACGAUGGCCAGUAUGCUAUCAAGAGCAGAGAAACGGGCAAAGUCCUCUUUUCGCGUACCAAAGAGGAGCCCAAAGUGGGACACAUUGACGGGGAUGGCAAGUAUAACGACAACUGGUUCAAACUUGAUCCUGGUCAAGGAAAACAGACACAGAUGUUCCGUUUCAUCUGUCCAGCCACGAACACCGUGAUAUUCAGUCGCACGCAUGCGAAGCCACAAGUUGGUAACUUGGAACCGAUCACGACCAAAUACGACGACCAUUAUUUCUCGUUCUUGUUUGAGGACCUGGAAGUCGUCCGCGUCGACUACGAUCUGAAGCAAGGCAAAAUCCUGAGCGCAGCGCCCCAGGUGGUCGGCACCCAGUCCCUGACCAACAACACCAAUAGCAGCCAAGAGAUCAGCUUCAGCCUUCUCGCGUCAUCUAACCACACCCACUCUUGGGAAACUACGGGCGGAUUUCCUGUCAGCGUGGGUCUUGGAAUCAGCUCUGGCGUUCCGUACUAUGUAGCCGAUUCCGGCUUCGUCUCCUCCCCGGCGUUCGACUGGACCUUCGGCGAGGCGACUACAUACACCCAUACGUGGAAGGACACUAUUCAGGGCAAAGCUGGCCCCAAGGAGACCAUCCGUGCGGUCAGCGCGGUCACGCGUGGACUGCUCGAGGUCCCGUACGUCAUCGUAUUCCGCUCGCAAAGCGGUGUCGAGGUCGAGUCCAAGGGAGUCUGGCGUGGAGUGUCCACCUGGGAUCUCCGCCAUACGAUUUAUCGGGGUUGA